AUGCUAUCCGCUGCCACCUUCGACCAUCCUCACCUCAGUACUUCCACCACAACAUCAACCACGCCAAGAGACAAUUUCCCCAAUCAUGCCAUCGUCAAGGCGCUCUCCCGUGCUUUCGAUGUCCUGAAGAUCAUCCUACAGUUCUGCCACCUCGGAAGCUUUGAAGGCCGGGACCAAGUUUCAAGCGGUUCUACGCGACUCAGUCGGAAAGGAUGGGAACUCCUCCAGAAGAUCCUCACCAUGUUACGCGAAAAUUUCUUGUACUUCUACAAGCCAGAACGGAGGCUCAAACUGACAUAUUAUUCGAAAGAACGGACGCUCUACUACACGAUGCCUACCAUUAUUCCGGAGAAGCUAGCCACUAGGAUUGGGUAUGCCAUCGAGGACCGAAUCGAAGAUAUCAUCAAGGAAUAUUCUAUGCACUACGACGACGAUCAGGUCGUUGAUCGGGACCUCAGGUGUUGGUUUACCGGAGGUCCCUGGCAGAUCUCAACGCGGGAGAAAUGGAAUGAGGUUCGCCUUGACCGGGUGGGCUACCUCGGGGGGUCCAACGUGCGCUACCGCCAGCCCUUUGGACUGGAGUUUAGCUUCGCUCAGGACUUUCACAUUCUCACGGACAAAGUCACGAAAGCCAUGAUGCAACCUAGAGGUCCAGAUAUGGUGAUCCUAAUCAGAAUCGGCUACGAUUCUGCAGAAGCGUUCGAAGAAGCUGCUGUUGAUCCGACAGCGGUUGCCGCCUUGGACAAGACAGCAGACUAUACCAUCUACCAAGUUUUCACCGAGAUGACAGACGAUGGACAGCACCGUGCCCAGGUGCACCCGUCCGUAUACCGUCGGGCCUUCAGGGCUUCCGAUGGGUCUGCCGUGGAGGGGGAUCUUGAGUUCACCUUUGGGGACUUCAUUGGCCUUAAGCCUGAAAAGGUCUUUCUAGACCCCCUCAUCAGAGAAAAGCUGCUCCAGCAAAAGAUAACAAUCCCAUUCUCAAAACUGACCAAGUGGCUCGAUCGCGGAGAGAGUUGGGAAACCAGCGACCAAUUACAGAUGCGCCAAUUCGGGCCAUUUCCCCCUCCUGAGCCCGUUAACGUGUUCCCGAUCGCCGACAGAGACGACUCCGACUAA